AUAAUUUUAAGAUCAUUUUCUGAUUUUCCAUUUCUGCUUGGGUGGUGGGUGUGUGAGAGAUGGGCCAAGAAUCGUUCAUAUACAGCUUUGUGGCUCGGGGAACUAUGGUACUGUCGGAGUACACGGAGUUCACCGGAAACUUCCCGGCGAUUGCGGCUCAGUGUCUGCAAAAGCUGCCAUCUUCGAACAACAAGUUCACUUACAACUGUGAUCACCACACUUUUAACUUCCUUCUCGAGGAUGGUUAUGCUUAUUGUGUUGUUGCCAAAGACUCGGUUGGCAAGCAAAUUUCCAUUGCAUUUUUGGAACGUGUAAAAGCAGAUUUUAAGAAAAGAUAUGGCGGUGGUAAAGCAGAUACAGCUGUUGCAAAGAGUCUAAAUAAAGAAUUCGGACCUGUUAUGAAGGAGCACAUGAAGUAUAUAAUUGAGCAUGCAGAUGAAAUCGAGAAACUACUAAAAGUCAAGGCUCAGGUCUCAGAAGUCAAAAGUGUUAUGCUCGAGAAUAUAGACAAGACUAUUGAAUGAGGGGAGAACUUGACUAUACUUACCAACAAGGCAGAAGAUCUACAUAAUUCGGUAGGGUUACCUGUAUUUUUUGACAAAAUAUCCUCCAAAAACAUGUAACGAGUUCAGUAAACAUCUCCUUUGCAUUAUCUUAUUUCCAGGCCAAACAAUUCAAGAAACAGGGGACAGAAAUCCGUCGCAAGAUGUGGUAUUAGAACAUGAAAAUAAAGUUGGUCGUACUGGGAAUCAUCGUCUUUUUGGUACUCAUAAUCUGGCUUUCUGUUUGCCACGGCUUCAACUGCACCACUAGCAUAUCUUUCGCUUAGAACUCGACCAACUCGAUUCAUUUCCAGACAGGACACUAAAAACACGUCAUGCUACACCCGGCAACAGAAUUUCCUCUAAAAACAUGGACUGCCUAGACGUCUUAGAGUGAUGCGCUUUUAGAUUCUGUUAAGCACUUUCUUUGUGCUUUUAUUCUUGAUUUUUUCUUUGGAAAGGAAUAGGGGAGAUUGAGGUUUGUUGUGGUGUUGGAAUAGUGUAUUGUUUAGGCCAUGGGAUGAGAUAAGAUUGUAAACAUGGUUUAGAUUUGAAGAGUACAAGGAUGUUUGAUGAAAUAGAAUGAGAUACAAUUCAAUUGUAUAUUAUAUAUGUAUGAUCAACAGACUACUAUAAUAGAAUAUAUACACUACAACAAGAAUAGACAAAAGGUGCAAUCUAGUUUAGCUGCUUUGUUUCUUGAUUUUAGUUAAUAAAGAGUGGUGAAUUUCAUU